CACCCAUCUUGAGUGGUUGGCUGCUUCCUUCCGUAUAAUGUCACUUGCGCUGGCCAUCUACAGAUCAAAUUUCUGCCACUAUCCCAAUUUCCAAACAAGUGAUAUCCGCAGUGACAAAAUUGGGAUUGAGCUAUCCGCAGUCUAUCAUUUUCUAUCACCGAGCAACUUUAAACUCGUAACCAAACAGACACUUUGUGACAUUAACUGAAGCAUGUAGAAGAACAUCUCAGGCAGAGACUUCUGUAAAGACCACCGGCAGCUUCGCCAUUCUAGAGCUCUUAAACGACUCCUCCAAAAUGGCCGAAAUGGAUUGCGAACCCACUUCUAAAGACUGUUGUAUACAGAAGGAGAAGGGCAGGGGAAGCCCAUUGUGGUAUUGCUAAUGGGUGCACCAGGUAGUGGCAAGUCCACCUUCUGCGAACAUGUCAUCCGAUCCUCCACUCGACCCUGGGUUCGAGUCUGUCAGGACACCAUUGGAAAUGGUAAAGCUGGAACAAAAUCUCAGUGCCUAAAGAGUGCAACAAGUGCAUUGGAGGAUGGCAAAAGUGUAUUUAUUGACAGAUGCAAUCUAGACAGGGAGCAGCGGGCAGAGUUUGUGAAGCUUGGCAGUCCCCAAGUUGAAAUGCAUGCUGUGGUGCUUGAUCUUCCUGCCCAGCUUUGUAUUUCUCGCUCUGUAAAGCGGACUGGACAUGAAGGAAAUUUGCAAGGGGGAAAAGCUGCUGCAGUAGUGAACAGAAUGCUACAGAAGAAAGAAUUGCCUAAAUUGAGUGAAGGGUUCCACCGAAUCACAUUUUGCCAAAACGACAGUGAUGUUCAAACUGCCCUCAACACUUAUAGUGCACUUAGUCAUCUUGAUACUCUUCCACCUGGCUGUUUUGGCCAGAAGAACCCAGAUGCCAAAAUACAGCUAGGUAUAAUGAAAUUCCUAAAGAAAGUAGAGGUCCCUGUUAAUGUAGGACCUGAUGCAAAUUUCCCUAAGCAUCCUCUUUCUACUCAAAUUACUAAAGCAAAGGAUUCUUGCUGCAAACAACCAGAAGACAUUUCCUCUUCAUCUGGCAAUGCUAAGGAAAUAAAGGGUGGUGAAGACAUAGUGGUACACUCUGUUGAUGGAACUGUUUCUUCAAAAGAUAUUCCCACUUUAGCAUUUCCAUCUAUUUCAACAGCAGAUUUCCAAUUUAACCAUGAAAAAGCAGCUGAUAUUAUUCUUGAGAAGGUUGAGGAAUUUGUGAAUAAGGUUGAAAAUGCCAGGCUUGUUUUGGUAGACUUGUCUCAUGGAUCAAAGAUUUUGUCUUUGGUUAGGGCUAAAGCUGCACAGAGAAAUAUUGACUCAAACAAGUUCUUUACAUUUGUUGGAGAUAUAACUAGACUUUAUUCAAAAGGAGGUCUGCGCUGCAAUGCAAUAGCUAAUGCUGCCAACUGGAGAUUGAAACCUGGAGGUGGAGGUGCAAACGCUGCAAUAUUUAGUGCUGCAGGUCCAGAACUAGAGGUUGAAACCAAGAAGCGAGCCGGAUCUCUUAUCCCUGGAAAAGCUUUGGUUGUCCCUCUUCCUUCAACUUCACCCUUGUUUAGCAGGGAAGGAGUAACGCAUGUCAUACAUGUUCUUGGACCAAAUAUGAAUCGACAAAGACCAAACUGUCUCAACAAUGACUAUGUCAAAGGCAGCAAAGUUCUUCGUGAGGCUUACACAUCACUCUUUGAAGGUUUUGCAUCUAUAAUGAAUACCCAAGGAAAUUUACUUGAGGGAAGCAGUGAAAACCUUAGGUCAGAGCUAUCAGUAUCACAAGAUCACUUCAAGGGAAAUCAUAUAAAAAAUGUUCCAAAUCACGAUCAGAAGAUCAAGAGAGUGGGGGUUUAUGAAUCCGAGACAAGCAAAAAGUGCAAGGGAUUUCAGGAUGAACAUGAAUUUGAUUGUACUGAAUCCAAGGAAGGCAAGGACAAGUUGAACAAUGAAAAGAUUGGUAGAAACAUGACCAAGACCUGGGGUUCAUGGGCUCAAUCUCUUUACCACAUUGCUAUGCAUCCUGAGAAGCAUAAAGACAAUUUGAUAGAGAUAUCAGAUGAUGUUGUUGUAUUGAAUGACCUCUAUCCAAAGGCACAAAGACACCUUCUGGUUCUGGCCCGAUCUGAAGGUCUCGAUUGUCUGGCAGAUGUUGGUGGAGAACACCUUCAGUUAUUGAGGACAAUGCAUGCUGUGGGUUUAAAGUGGGCUGAGAAGUUCUUAUGUGAAGAUGAAUUGUUGGUCUUCCGCAUUGGAUACCAUUCUGCACCAUCAAUGCGACAACUGCAUCUACAUGUUAUCAGCCAGGAUUUCAAUUCCAAACAUCUGAAGAAUAAGAAACACUGGAACUCAUUCAAUUCUGCUUUCUUUCGUGAUUCAGUAGAUGUAAUUGAAGAAAUCACUAAUCAUGGAAGAGCAACAAUAAAAGGUGAGGACAGCCAAUUAUCAAUGGAGUUACGUUGCCAUCGUUGUAGAAGUGCCCACCCUAACAUGCCCCGGCUGAAAUCGCACAUCAGCAAUUGCCAAGCCUCCUUUCCUCCAUCUCUACUCCAAAAUGACCGUCUUGUACUUGCACCCAGUAAAUCAGGCAGUGAACCCUAGGUUUGUACAGGUCAUCCCUUAUCCAGAUUUUGUUGUAUAUAACUAUUGAGUCACACUGGUUUACCUUACCCUCUGGUAGCUCUGAUGAGAUCUUUUACUUCUUGUGGUCACAGUCAUUUAGGUUGUAAUUUUUGCCCUUUCUUUGAGCAAGGUACUGCUUAAAAUUUUGGUUUUAAAAUGUAUUUGGUUUUUAAAUUGAAGGAAACUUUCCCAAAAUGUUUUUCAAUUGGGUGGUAUAUCUUGCUGUUGGCUAGAUCCUUUGGUUCAUUAAAAUAAGGUUAUGCAGCACCAUUCAACUAAAGGAUGGCUUUAGGUAUACCAAUCCGUUGCAGAUAGAAGCCAUUUAGUGAAAGCACCGGCAUUCUGCCUCUCUUUACUCUUGUGGUGUCAUGUCUUCUUUUUGGCUCUUUAUGUAACAAGGGAAUAUUUUGAUUCUAUAUGCUGUAUUAUCAGGAACCAUAAACAUUUCACAGCUUAUCAUAUACUCACUGAGUUGAUUCCCUCUGA